AUGUGCUAUCGAGAUCCAGCCUUUCGUUGUGAAGAAUCAGAUCACCCAAUGCGAUCUCGUUCAUUUGUAUGUGGUGAUGGACAAAAAACUUACUUACGUUUUCCAGACAUAAAUGAUUCUCCAUCAUGGGUAUCAUGCAUGAAUGGUCAGGAUGUAGCUGUUGAGACUGCCUUGUUAUCACAAGUUGAGCACUCCAAUCUAUCAUACGAUUGUUGGCUUCUUCUGUAUUGCGCAACUACUGGUAUUGGGAAUGCAGAAUGUGAUACAUUAUGUGAUGAAGAUGACUGGUUAGGUUGUACGAUUAAUAUUUGGGAGAUUUGUCACACACAAUAUGUGGUUUUUCCACGACGACCUAUUCUACAAGGUCACGUACUAUUCGUAUACUCUACUAAAACAACAAUUAAUUUUGCAACAGCUGAAGUAUCAUUGUUCCCGGAUUAUGUCUGUUAUGAUAUAAAACGAUGCCCUUUUCUCCAAAAUACUUCAAUUUUGAACAUAACAAACAAAACUUGUCAAUCAAUACACGACUUACAUGUAAAACAAAUGAGUGAUAUCAUCCAGCUUUUCCAAACUUGUCUAACAAUCGUAGAUGAUGAAAAUGAUAUUAAUAUUACGCGAGCAUCUCUAUUUCAAUGCCCGGGUACGACUAAACGUAUUUCUGGACAUAGAGUUUUAGAUGGCGUUAUUGAUUGUUAUGGAGGCAUAGACGAAAAAUUUGCUAACGCAUGCCAAUGGGAUAAUAAAUAUCGUUUUAAAUGUUUGUCAGAAAAUAAAUGCAUCUCAAAUAAUUUACUUCAUGAUUCAAUAAAAGACUGUCUUGGUGGUGAAGAUGAACUCUCGAAUCUUUUAGAGCAAGUCACCUUUCAGAAGCUUUGUAACGGGUAUGUUCAUCUUUCACCAAUACUUGUAGAUGGAUUUAAUGAAACAGAUGAGACGCAUUGUGAUGAAUGGGAAUGUAAUAAUUUGUACACUCGGUGUGACGGCGCUUGGAAUUGUCCAAAUGGAGCUGACGAGUUGAAUUGUAUAGCGACAAAUGAUGAAGAUUUAUUAUCAACUGCUGCAUGGUAUCAAGAAAGUUUAUCAGAAUAUAUUUGUAAUAAUAAUCAACUAAUUGGAUCAUUUAUUAUUCGAUAG